GUGAUGAUAAAUCUCAGAUGUGUAUGUCGGGCUCCAGUAGCCAACUUGACACAGUUCACUCGUGGAAUGAAGAAAUACUCAUUUCCUGUAACGUAUGAAAAUGUCCGAUUUCCACCAAAUGGACAGUUGAAGCUACCAGUGAUGCCAGCUGAGCCAUUUUAUGAUGCCGAAAAAGGAGAGAAAAAAUACAAGUCAACAAAGCGAAUGAUUGAGGCGAGAGGAGUAGAAGAAGUACAUACAGAACUUAUUCACGAGCAGUAUGGCCUUGCUGCUGUAUCAGGAGGAUUCAUUGAUAGUGAUGACUUCAAAUUCAUUCAAGAUCGAAUCAAUAAAAAUCUUAUUGACAAUCAGUUUUCUGUCUGGCGAGUUGAUGCACCAUGGCUGCCGAGAACAAAAAAAGCACAGGGAACUAGGUUAGGAGGUGGAAAAGGAUCCAUUCAGAAGUAUGUGACACCAGUAAGAGCAAAUCGUAUUAUUCUGGAAGUUGGCGGGCAUAUCACUGAAAUUGAGGCGAAAGCAUUUCUCCUGUACCUUUGCGAACGUUUCUCAUUCCCAGUCGAGUUCGUAAGUGAGACAAUGCUUGCAGAAAGACGUAAAAAGGCUGAAGAAGAACGUGCGAUGAACAAAAAUGGAUUUAAUUGGGGUAAAGUCAUCAAAUACAACAUGCAGAAUUGUAACAGUUGGCUUUCAAGCUACGAUGUCGCCUGGAAAGGAAAAUAUCGAUAGUCCCCAAGAAUUCUCAUGGAAAUUUUUUUAGAAAUUGUAGUCUUGUUUUUAUUUUUUUGAACUUUUUUGUUGUUACUAUGAAGAUUCUCCUUAACCUAAA